AUGGACCCCAGAGUCACUAAAGUAGAGGCUGAGACUGAGAUUCUGUGAGAAAUAAGCAGAAAGAGUUACCUGUGGACAGCAGCAGCAGAACAGUGGAGUUCUUCAUCAUGCUGCUGGGUUUCCUCCUCAUCCUUCAUCUUCAGCUGCUGCUUGUCGCAUCUUCAUCCUCCUCUGAGGAAGACAAGAGCAGCGAGAGAGACGGACAGCACAGUAAAGGUUCUUCUCAUCAGCAUCACUGGGGUUACCAAGAUCAGGACGCAUGGUUAUCUGCAUUUGAACACUGUGGUGGGAAAUCUCAGUCUCCGAUCAACAUUGACACUCAUAAGGUUUUGCAUGAGCCCCGACUGCCCCCCAUUCAGCUGGAUGGUUACGAUCUUACUGGCUCACACUCUCUGACCCUCCUCAACAAUGGACACACAUUGCAGUUGAGUCUGCCCAGCAGCAUGCGCAUCAGGAGGGGAUUUGAUCAAGUUUAUGUCGCAGCUCAGCUUCACUUUCACUGGGGAACCACAGAGGUUCCUGGUUCAGAGCACACCAUAGACAACAUACACUACCCUGCGGAGAUUCACGUGGUCCAUUAUAACUCCAAAUACGCAAAUCUGACGGAGGCAGCUAGUAAAGCUGAUGGAUUGGCAGUGUUAGGAGGAUUCAUAGCUAUUGGCCUUCAUGAAAAUGACAACUAUGAAAAGAUCCUGUCUGCUUUAUCAGACGUCAGCACAGAGGAGUCGCUCACUGUGAUUCCUGGUUUUAAUGUGCGCCACCUUCUGCCGAACAGCUUGGAGAGGUUUUAUAGGUACAGCGGGUCUCUGACGACCCCUCCUUGUCUGCAGACGGUCAGCUGGACUCUCUUCAAUGACUCCAUCAGAGUAUCCAGAAGACAGCUCGCAGCCUUGGAGGAAUCGCUGAAAACUGAACACAACAAGCUUCUGUCCAAAAACUUCAGAGCACCACAACUUUUGCAUGGGAGAAAGAUACAGUCGUCUUUUCACACAUCUGAUAGUGGAAAAACCAGAGGAGCUACACCGACAGAAACACAAGACAAGAAUAUCAAGGAAUCUAGUGCUCAUCCAUCUUUAACAGGGCACAUUCUGGCAGUGACCUUCGGUGUUCUGUUUGCCGCCACGUUCCUGAUCUUCUCCAUUUACACGUAUCGACAGCACAAAAAGUACUCAAAGUUCAAAAAAGACUCCAAGCAAGAUGUCAUUUAUAAACCAGCUCCUAUAGGAAAAGACACUGAUCAAACUACUGUUACUGUCUCGUGAACAAGUCACUUUUAUUGUUGAUGAUUUUUUUAUUUUGUUUUAUUCUGAUUUGUUGUUUAUUUUGGAAUUUCUACAUGUUUGCAAAUUAGUUAAAAAAAAAUGAUUUCAGAUGAUGAAAUUAGAGUAACGCUUUUCUUUUACAACCCACUAAGUACGGUGUAAGUACAGUGAAAUACCAGUGUACUUUUCUGUAAGUAUAGUAUAAGCUGUGGUGGAAUAAGUACUGAAAAAUUAUAUUCAAGUAAAAGUACCGUUACUUGCCCAACAAUGUAGUGCAAGUCGAGUAAAAGUAUGGGUAAAUAGUGGGUCUUUCAAAAGUACUCAAGAGUAGUGGUUAUUAAAAAGUUGCUUUGCAUUUACAUGAAGUUUGUGCAGGGAUGUGAAAACGUAACAUUCUGUAGUGCAUUUAGCAAUCUUCCUAUAUUCGUUUGUUCCAUCCAACUUUCUUCCAUUGUUUGUUUGUUCUGUCCUUCUUUCAUACCUUCAUUUGUUCAUUUCAUCCUUCAUUCAUUGGGUCCUUCCUUUGUUCCUCCCAUCAUUUAUUCAUUUCUUCAUAUUUUUGUUCCUCCCUUCAUUAGGUCCUUUGUUCAUUCCUUUUUAGUUUGUUCAGUUCUUCCUUGAAUCCUUACUUCGUUCAGUUGCUCAUUUGUUUGUUCGUUCGUUUACAUUUGUGUAUCUUUCUUCAUUAGGUACUUUGUUCUGUUCUUCCUUUAUUUGUUUGUUCAUUCCUUCCUCCAUUCCUUUGGCCCUUCCUUUGGUCCUACGUUUGUUCGCUCAUUCGUUUGUUCUUUCGUUCAUAAUUUUUGUUCCUUCCAUCAUAAUGUCCUUUGUUCUGUCCUUCCUUUAUUCGUUUGUUCAUUCCUUCCUUCAUUCCUUUGGCCCUUAUUUCAUUCCUACCUUCAUUUGUUCGCUCAUUCAUUCGUUCUUUUGUUCAUAAUGUUGUUCCUUCCCUCAUUAGGUCCUUUGUUCAUUCAUUUGUACAUUCGUUCAUUUCUUCCUUCCUUAGUUUGUUCAGUCCUUCCUUGAAUCCUUCCUUCAUUCAUUUGGUCCUUCCUUCCUUCAUUAGUUCAGUCCUUUAUUUGUUCGGUCCUUCCAUUUUUCAUUCGUUCCAUUUAGUGAGUGUUUAAAAAAUCACUUUUUUUUUUACAGUCAACAUCUAUUUUCUUAUCAGUGAUAUCCAGUCUUUUAAAAGACUGUGCGUCAAUGUGUGUAAAUAUUUUGAUCAUCUUCUUGGACAUUUUUAAUGCUUCUAAAAUGUUUGCUGCAUUUAUAAAGCGCCCAUGUGUUGAUGUUCAGUAUCAUGUGAUUUACUUUUUAUUGAUCAGACAGGAAUCACAGGACUGAUUUCUCUACUUUAGCCAAUCACCAAGGACAAGAAAGAAUUAAAGUAGUGACUGCAGGUUGAAGGAAAGUAGUGGAGUAAAAGUAUUAAUACUGCACUAAAAAGUACUCAAGGGAAAAUAAAAGUACACAUUUUUAAAACUACUUAGUAAUUUACAAUUUCUGAGAAAAACUACUCAAUUACAGUAGUUUGAGUAUUAGUUACUUCACACCACUGAGUAUGUCUAAAGAACGUAUGUGUAGGUAUAAGGGAACAAACUGAAAUGCCUGGGUACUAUACUUACAGAAAAGUACUGUUCUUUGUUGGUUGUAAAAGAAAGCGUUACCGAAAUUAGUAAAAAAUGUAGAAAAACGUUUUGUUUGUAAAUAUAAAUGCACAGUUUCUUAGCCAAAACUGUUAUACAGUUUCAGAUCUGUGAAAUACCUCUGUUUUAAUGAUAUAUUGCCUUUGUUUUACAGUUUCUUACAGUGGAUUGUAGAUAAAAGCUCAUUUCUUUCAUGGCUUUUUUGUUUUUGGUUUAAUAAAUGUUUCCUUAGUA